AUGGGGAUUCUUGGGAUGGGUGGGUGUGGUAAAACUACACUAGCAAAACAGUACUACAAUAAAAAAAGAAACUCCAUAUAUAAAUGUUGCUUUAUUCAUAAUGUGCGGGAUGAUGCUAAAAAGAAUCUACAUAACAAGCAAAAAGAGAUGUUAGAAAAUCUUGGUUUUAGUGAUGAAAAAAAAAUUGAUAAUGUAGAAAAAGGUAAAGCAAUUUUAGCAAAGCAUUUGAGAUCUGCCCAAGUGUUUAUCAUUUUGGGUGAUGUAGACCAUCAAGAUCAGUUGGAGGCUCUAUUUCCAAUCAAAGACGGGAUUGGACAAGGUAGUGUGAUUGUUAUUACAAGUCGAGAAUCUGAGGUUCUUACAUAUUGGGAAAGCUCUCACAUUUACAAGAUGAAAAGAUUAAAUCCUAAAUAUGCUAUGGAACUUUUCUGCUGGCAUGCUUUUGAACAAAAUUGUCCAAAAAAUGAAUUUGAAAAUCUUGUUCAAGAUUUUUUAGAAAUCUGCAAGGGUUUGCCCUUAUCCCUUAAAGUAUUAGGAAGGCUAGUUCGUGGAAUGCCCCAGUAUUAUUGGUAUUCUCAAUUAAACAAGCUCUCGAGAGUAUUGCCGGAAGACAUUAAAAGUGUACUAAAAGUGAGCUUUGAUGCACUAGAUGAUGAAGAAAAAGAGAUACUUUUAGAUAUAUGUUGUUUCUUUAUAGGAGAAAAAGAACAGUUGGCCAUCACAAUGUGGGAUGGGUCCGGAUGGAGUGGGCUUCAUAGUUUGGGAAGACUUAAGAAUAAGUGUCUGGUUGAGGUUGAUGAGAGGAACUUCAUAGAAAUGCAUGAUCAUCUGAGGGAUAUGGGAAGAGAGAUUGCCACUAAGGGAAAAGAAAUUGAUAAAUCUCCUUUCCAUCUUUGGUCACCAGAGCAAAUUCGCGACAUUGAAAUAGAGGGCCAGGCCCAAAUGCCCUCCAAUGAUGUCCGCAGGAUAAAAGAAGCAGAGCUCUACAGAGAGAUUGCUGCCACAUACUGGGACUUUGUUGUUGACAUGCUGCAUGGGGAAUAUUAUCUGGAGGCCAAUAGGCUUGGGAGGGAUAUAUUGAUUGAAGAGAUAUGGUUAAAUAAGACUCAUUGUGAUGGAGGAGGGCUGGUACCUGGUCUCUCAAGCAGCAAGAGACUUGGUGGAAUGAAAGGAAGAUUAGGCAUAUUAUCAAAGUCUAUAGGCAAUAAAUAUUUAGAUAGUUUGAAGGAAAACAGUAGGUGUUGGUAUGAUGCGGCCUGUAACAGUGUCCAACAGGCCACAUCCAUGGCAUCUGACAUGACGGCUCAUGUGGCCAUCUAA